AUGUCCUCAAUAACACGUUCUCAACUCGGUCAGGUCCAGACAUCCUUUCCGUCACAAUCACAACCAGUCCCUAUCCCCAUGUCAGCUAUAAGUGCUUCAUCAGGAACCUCAAACUCACAACAAGGUUCUCCAAUCAUGUCUCCCGACACCGCUGUUCUAACCACAUACUCCUCUGUCCAGGCCUCGCCUGAGCCCAUGCGAGGUCGAGAGGAGGAGUCCUUCCCUUCCAACUUCCAGCUACCCGAAUCAGUGCUCUCCAGGAAGACGAGCACAAACUCUCUCGGGUACAGUGCCAUGUCCGAAGUGGCCAACAACAGCAAGGGAGGUCUCAUCCGUCGAUUCUCAAACCGAGCCCAACGAUUUGCAGGCAGAAGAAGACCAUCUUCAGGUGCCCCUGCCAGCCGUGAUGGAAGUGUUGGUCCCAGCAUUCUCAGACGCCGUAGCGACAGCAAUGCCACAGCACCUCAAGAGAACGCCCUGACAGACACAGACGAGGAGCCCGAAUUCGUUCCUGAGGACUCUAUUUCCAUGGUUUGCCUUGAUGGCAACACCUACACAUCAUCCGCCAACAGCACACAUGGCUCAAUAAGUGGAAGUGCUGGAGCUAUGGCUGGCCCAGUGCUCCCAGCCGAGCUACGCAAUGGGUGCCCAGUGAAGAAGGUCUCCAAGAAGAGUCGCCCAAAGAGGAUAAACCUUGUUUACGAGACCGAGUCAAACAAGCUCUCUUGGGAUACGACUCGUCCUCAAAAAUCUCUUCACGUCGAUGAGAUUAGGGAGAUUCGAACAGGAACCGAUAUUCAGCAAUACAUCCACGACUACGGACUCUCCAAUGAACUCGACUACUACUUUCCUCUUUGGUUUACUAUUAUUUACACCGAAAGCUCCAAGACAAGAUUCCUCCACAUCGUCACCGACAACCCCAACACUCUAUCAUUAUGGACGGAAUUCUUGGACGCCAUGUUGAGGUAUCGACAAGAACUCAUGACAUCGUUGAUGGCUUUCAACGAUCCUGCCGUUGCCCAGUACUGGCAGACCGAAAUGGCCAAGGAGUUUGGCGACCAGGUUCGAUCUCCUGAGCAAGAGGAGAUGAACAUUGCCGGCGUCAAGCGCGUCUGCCAGAACCUUCACAUCUACAGCUCACAGGCAACCCUCGAAGUUAACUUUCAUCUAUCUGAUUCUCGACGACGACAAAAACUCAACUUCCGCGAGUUCAAGGACUUUGUGCGCCGCAUGAAGCAACGCAACGACGUGCAACGAAUUAUCCGAAGCGUUGCUGGCAACCCCGAGUUUGGUCUUACCAUGUCCGAGUUUCUCACUUUUCUCCGCGAUGUCCAGGGUGAGGAUGUUGAUUCUAACCGUGCUGCCUGGGAGAAGCUGUUUUCUCGAUUCUGUCGCCGAUACCGAAGCAACGAAGUGGAUCUUCCCGAGAACGCCGAGAUUAUGACCGAAGCCGCUUUUGUUGCCUUCUUGACGUCAGAGGACAACGAUGUGAUGCAGCCUGAGCCUCAGAACAUUGUACUGGACCGUCCUAUGAAUGAGUACUACAUCUCCAGCUCCCACAACACUUAUCUCUUGGGUCGUCAAGUUGCUGGUCAGUCAAGCGUUGAGGGCUACAUCUCAGCGCUUGUUCGGGGAUGCCGAUGUGUCGAGGUUGACUGCUGGGAUGGCUACAACGGCCAGCCCGACGUUAACCAUGGACGCACAAUGACCACUUCAAUCAGCUUCAAGGAGGUCAUGACCACCAUCAACAAGUACGCUUUCGUCAAGUCCAAGUUUCCUCUCUGGAUUUCUCUCGAGGUUCACUGCAGCCCAGCCCAGCAGGCUACCAUGGUGGAGAUUAUCAAGGAGUGCUUCGGUUCAAGACUGGUUACUGAGACUUUGGAGGCUUUCCCCGACAAGCUUCCCACCCCCUCUGAGCUUAUGGAGCGUGUUCUUAUCAAGGUCAAGAAGCCUCAAAUCAAGGAGGAGCCUGUUGCCCCCGGCAAUGACUUCCGUGGUCGACGCCGAGGCAACAGCCUCAACUCGCCUAUGAUGCGCCCAUCCAUCCCCGACGGUACUCCUUUGAUGCCUUCUCAGUCUCUUCCCCAGAGCCCCAUGCUCACCCCAAGCCACUCUUCCCGACGAUUGGUCAGCAAGACCCGAGUCAACACCAUUACCGAGGGUCGAGUCCAGGAUGGGUUGAGCAGCAGCACCAGCGACAACGAGAGCACAUGUGAACAGCCAGUGAAGAAGACUCCCAACAAAACCGUCAAGGUUCUUGGUGAUCUUGGAGUCUACUGCGCUGGAGUCAAGUUCUCUGGCUUUGACACUGUCGAUGCCAAGCAGUACAACCACAUCUUCUCUUUCAUGGAGUCGAGCUUUGCCAAGCACUCUCGCGCCAAGGACCAGAAGAUGGCUCUUGAUAUCCACAACAUGCGCUACAUGAUGCGAGUCUACCCUGACCGCACUCGUAUCACCUCUAACAAUUUUGAUCCUCUCAUCUACUGGCGACGCGGUGUUCAGAUGGCCGCCCUUAACUGGCAGACUUUCGACCUUGGAAUGCAGCUCAACCGUGCCAUGUUCGAUGGUGGCAAGGACUCCUCCGGCUACGUUCUGAAGCCCGCCGAACUCCGAGACAUCCAGGUUCUCCCCUACAACUCCGACAUUGCCGAGGGCAAGAAGGAACGCAGCGUGGUCUCUUUCAGCAUCGACGUCAUCUCUGCCCAGCAGCUUAUGCGACCCGCCAACCUCCCCGCGAACAAGUCCAUGGACCCCUACGUGGAAGUUGAGAUCUUCCACGCCAACGACAAGCGCGACAAGAAGGAGGCCGACUCCAACCUGGCCAUGGAGCAUGACUCGCCCCUCAAGUAUCAAACCGAGGUCAUCCGGGAGAACGGUUUCAACCCCAUGUUUGACAAGCAGUUCAAGUUCAAGGUCACCACCAAGCACCCCGACCUGAUCUUUGUUCGCUGGUCGGUCAAGCUCUCCAACGAUGGCGAGAGCUACAAUGAACGCCCUGCCGUCGCCACCUACACCGCAAAACUUACCAACCUCAAGCAGGGAUACCGCACCCUGCCUCUUCUUAACCACGCUGGCGACCAGUACCUGUUCUCUAAGCUUUUCUGCAAGAUCAAGGUCGACUCGGUCGAAAAGAAGUUGAUUGACGCCCCUCGCCGAACCCAAGACGGUAACAAACUCAACCGACUUGGUGGCAAGGUCUUCAGCCGCAUCAACACCAGCCCUAAAAGUACCAUCGAAAAGUCUAGCUCCGAGAAGACGAGCUUUGACAGCUACUGA